GGGCUGAAACCACUUCGUGUUGCCAAAAGUCCUUGGAUGCCGUCACUGUUAUGAUCAACUCCGAGUGCGCCAGCGUCAGCAUCUCUCUCAGGGACCCGUUCCUAAGCCAAUUUGAGCAGACGUGCAUGCCGUUGCUGCGCUCAGUCCCUGCGCCGACAUGCAAAUCAGGCCCGAGGGAUCAGAUGAACGUGGCAACCGCCUACCUUGAUGCCUCCAUGAUCUAUGGCUCUGACCAAGACUCGACGAAUUCACGCCGCACCCUCCACAAUGGCCAUCUGCAUGUUACUGACGGAAGUGUGGACUUUAGCGAAUCCCCGUACUUGAUCUCACCGGAGAUAUCGGCCAUGGUCAGAGUCAUCUUUCGUAUGCUCAUUCGCUACCACAACAACGUAGCGGAUCGCCUCAAGGAAAUCAAUGUGGGAUGGAAUGAUGAGAACCUUUUCCAGGAAGCCCGCAGGAUAGUGGUCGCCCAAGUACAGCAUGUCGUUUACAACGAAUAUAUUUAUAAACUACUCGGACCACAAGCGAUCACUGAAUACCAACUGACGCCUCUCACUGAGGCACACCGAAGACAAGACUACGAUGCUGGCAUGACUCUUGCGACUACUUCCGAGUUCGAAACUGCGACCCUUCACUUCAGCCAGAGCCAGAUUCCGGACCAAAUUGAGGUAGUAGACGCUUUUGGGAAGGUCACACAAAUAGAUCUUUCCUCCGCCACACUUGAAGAGUCCCUUGGGCUUGCACCUGCCGACGUGCUUCGUGGCGUCAGCCGGCAGGAUGUCAGUAAUAUGGUCUUUACAAACGAGAUAACGGCCACAUCAUUCCCUGGCGACGAGCCUCUCAGAAUCGACUUACUUGCUCUCAACACCCAGCGUGGGCGUGAGCAUGGCUUGAAAGGAUACACGGCGGUGCGGGCGGCCUGCACAAACCAAGUGAUCAAGACUUUCGCAGACUUGACCAACAUCAUGGACCAAGAAGUCAUCGACCGCCUUCAGAACGUGUACACAGAUGUAAGGGAUAUUGAUCUAUUGGUCGGUGGAGCUUCUGAACGACCAGUCCCCGAUGGAGAGCUGGGACCCACCUUCACUUGCGUUCUAGCCAAGCAGUUCGCCAGAAUUCGCCGGGCAGACAGGUACUGGUACGAGACCAAUAUCGACGAUACUAAAUUCAACAAUGAGCAACUGAGAGCAUUGCGCAGUACGACUCUUGCGGGCAUCAUGUGCAACGCCUUCCCUGAACUGCAAAUGGUUCAGAGGCGUCCCUUCGAGGUGGUUUCGGCAAAGAACCCUCUGGUGUCUUGUGAGACCAUACCCCGUGUGGUACUCCAGGCAUGGAGAAAUUAGUGCCUCAAGAAGGGUACACUCUUGGAGUGGUCUUACCUGUGUCCAACUGAAAAAAAGUAAAUCAUCUCAUUCA